CCAAAGAUGGAAGCAAUCGUGGAAGAUAAUGUUGAUGCUGUCGAUUUAAAGAAAUUUGAACUGCAGUACCAUGACCAAGCGAGAAAGGGUCCGGUGAGUGAGAAGGCGCAGUUUGACUAUGCUUGGUGCCUUGUCCGCAGUCGCUACCAACAAGACAUGAAAAGAGGUGUUGCACUGUUGGAAGAUUUGUUUGCCAGAGCUGUUGAUGAAACUUCCAAGAGAGACUACUUGUUUUACAUGUCCGUGGGAUACACAAGAAUAAAGGAGUACGCAUCUGCUUUGAACUACGUGAAGGCCGUAUUGAAAAUAGAGCCCGAGAACCGACAGGCAAAAGAGCUAGAGACAUAUAUAAAGAAAAAGAUGCAGAAAGAAGGUUUGAUGGGAAUGGCUAUCGUAGGUGGAGCUGCGGUUGCCCUUGGUGGACUUAUUGGACUUGGAAUAGCUGCCGCGAAAAGCGCGAAAUAGUUAACAGACUGGUCCAUUCAGGUUGGGCUGUUCCAGAUAUAAUCACCGGGGAGGGGGGUGAGGGAGGGGAAGCAAUUUUACCUAUAACACAUCUGUAGGUAAAUAUAAAUAAUAUGUUGUUUUAUUGGGGGGGUUUAAUAAUCUUACCAAAUCCAUUUUAGGUAUGAAAAAAAGUGUAUUUCAAGUACCUCCCAGCCACCCCUCCUAUGUGAUCUGGAACAUCCCUUAUCUAAAUUCAUCUCAGCCUAGAUGUACGGUAUAUCUACAGGAUUUUACAACACAUCAUAUUAGUGGCUUUUCUCACUUUCAUGUUUCAAAACUGUAAAACCUGAAAAAUAAUUUUUCAUGACAAUACGAGACAGAUAAGCAUAUUAUCUUUUCCUGGUUGAAAGUUAUUUAGGUGUGUGUCAAGCUUGCUGUCUAUAUAGUUUUAUGAAGUACAAUGAUACAUUAAUUCUGUUAAUUUAUUCGGGGUAUUUUCCUCCUAAGAUUUUCUCAAGUGCAAUACAAAUGUAAUUAUGUUUUGUGAGCAAGUCGUAUUUAGUACGGUUUAGAUUUGGUUUUGGAAAUGGUGCAUUGCAAUCAUGUAUUACUAAUUAGUGACAUAUAAUUGAUUUUAAUUAAGGUGUUUGAAUUGUGGAAAUUCCAAUUAUGUAUGUGUGUGUGCCGAUUUUGUUUGUUUUGGGUGGAAUUAUGUAUUUAAUUCAUUUGAAGCUUCAAAAACAUUUCUUUUGCUCUAAUCUUCAUUUAAAUUGUGAAUGACAUCCAUAGUUUUUCAGAGUGGAAACCGUGCAAACUUGUUUUGUUAUAUUUUUUUGUCUCCAAUGGUAUUUUGUCAUCACCUUUGUGUUUUUCAAUUAUUGUUAUAAAAAUGUUUCAGAUCUUUGCACAAAUGUUGUGCACCCAUGUGGAUAUUAAUAGUUUACAUGUAUACUGUCAAACUCCCAUCAUGGAUGGAUAUUUAUUAGCUAUGGGCAUCCAUCCGCAAGCAUUUUUCCAUGGAAGGGCAAGACAUGUUGGCACAUGCUAUAAUAAACAGGUAAAUGUAAAACUGUCACAUGCUUUUACAGACGAUUAUACAUAAAAAUCGAAUUGCACGUCCAUAUUCAUGGGUAGGGGAGCAGGUGCCCUCUUUUUGGACAUCCAUUUUAAUGACAGACUUCCGUGGUGAAUUUGGAUUUCUUAAUUAUGAUUCAUAAAAAUGCUUAAUGAAUUCCACAAAUGGUUUUGAAGUCUUUUAAUGUUUUAAGUAUUAGUAUUCAGAUUUAUAUAUACACUGUAUGUAUCUUAAUAUGAAUGAAAUAUGUAAAUUUUAAAUGUUCAUACCCGGACCUUGGUAGCGUAGUGGUUAACCCAUCAGACUUAAUGUUGGUAGGUACUGGGUUCAUAUCCCGGGACCGACUUUCACCCAGAGCGAUAUUAACAACUCGGGGAGCAGGUUUAAGGGUCACUACACAGACUUUUCUCUUGCUAACCACUAAUAACCAGCUCGCCAUUCUGGACAGACAGUCCAGAUAGCCACGGUGUGCGUCAAAAUGGAUUGAAAUCAAAACAGGAUAAAAAAAAUAAUAAUAUUCACAGGCACGACUGCCAUUUUUAACAAGGAAUAAAAUGUCAGUAUUCAAAAGUAUAAAUGGGAUUUGCCAGUCAUGUGUGUUCCUCGGAUUUGUAUAUAAGUACAUGCAUAGUUCAAUUAUGUAAAUAGUGUAUGUAUAUUAUUAGUCUUAAGUUAUGUACAUGUAGACUGAAAAACAUGUAUUGCUAAUGAAUUUUAAUAUUCAGUCAAAAUGUCGUAGUAUGUUAGUUUUGAAUAUUUGAGUAUUAGAACUAUGUUGCUAAGAUUUUUUUAACAUUUAUAACAAUAACUUUUUUUCAAGCAGGCGUGGGAAUUGGUGAAUUUUGAAAAAGAGGAAAUCUAGAGGGGUCUGGGGUGGUGAACUGUAAAAAAGCAGAAACCUAGAGGGGUCUGGGGGCAAGGAUGAUUAAAGUGCGAGGAAACGCAAUGUUCCAAGAGAGGAAAACCGCAGAUCCGAGGAGAAUUUCCACCCCUGUUCAAGGUAAAAAGUAAAUUAUUUUUAAAAUGAAACAUUUUAAUAUGGAUUUCAAGAAGUGUAUUUUUAAUACUCUAAACAGGUCACGGGGCUAUUUUUUGUCUAAAGACCGUAAAUGAAAAUUACAUUUGACUUUUGUUUGAAAAUAAUGAUGUAAAAAUUAAUAAGCAUGUAAAGAUUAAUGAGCAUGUAAAAUUAACAAUUACUAAAGAAAUAAAUUGGGAUAUUUUGACAAGUCCAUUCUAACCGAGGUUAAUGGGCAACGGUUUUGCGUAAUUAAAAAAAUUAAUAAUAAAUAUAGCAUGCACUGAACACCCAUAGGUUUCACAGAUUCUUGGACUUAGUUUGUGAGGAACCGAGCUAAAUAGGGAGGUUCAUUGUAUACAGCUGGAUGCCAGUGUAGGUCAUUUGUUGCAGGAGUGCAACUAUUUUUAUGCAGGUAAACCAUUUGUAUGAAAGGAAAAUUUUAUCCAAGUAAGUGCUUAGCAACACAUCAAAAAGUAUUUGUUUCUGAUGACACGACUAUUGCAUUGACCAAAUGUUAUCCACGGUAAUUCUUUCAGUAGCGGUAGUGAUUAAUGCCCGCUUGCCAUCAAAACAAUUUUGCAUGCAUUUUAUCAUGCAUAUUUCCACUAUGGAAACACACUUUUUCAUCUCUUUUUUCUCAAAAGAUUACUGUACAAUAUUUGACAUUGUCAAAAUGUACAUUAAGCCAAAAGUAAAUGCUUCAUGUUAUGAAAUCACUGUAUUAUUCGUGAGUGGAAAAAUUGUUCAUCGAUUGACUUUUUUUUUCCCAUUGCGUUGAAUGUCUGCAAGCAGUAUCGCAUAUAUGGAAAAGAUACUAUGUAAAUACAUUGUAUCGAUAAAAUCGCGUUAAUGGAAAGUGGACAAAUCAGAAUUAUCAAAUAUUUGACAUCCAGUAACAAAAAAAAUCAUUAAUCACUGUGCUCUAGUGGUGUCACAAAACAAAACAAACUUCUAACUUUCCUGCCUCAGAUCCGAUCAAAUUUGGAACAGCUCCUCGUCCCUAAUUAUUUAAGCAAAACAAACCAGUCUGGCUGGUUCAUUUGACAUUGCUGAAUUUGGUGUGCUUUAUUAUUGUGUAAUAAAACUUCACGUGGAGGAUAUCAACUGAUUAAAAGUAUUUCUGAUCAUC